UACCAUUCUGCUGUCUGCUGCUCGACGCUGCAGCUGCUCUCUGUCGCACAGCCAUGGCCGACAGCGCAAGCGAGAGCGACACCGACGGAGCGGGGAGCAGCUCGGCCACCCCGAUGUCCUCCUCCGCCUCCAAUUCGGGGAAACCGAGCAUAGUCAUUUCACAGUUUCGUCUGGAGGAGCUAACGAACCGCCUGGCCUCCUUACAACAGGAGAAUAAAGUUCUUAAAAUUGAGCUGGAGACGUUCAAACUCAAGUGCAAAGCCCUGCAGGAGGAGAAUCGGGACCUCCGCAAAGCUAGCGUCACUAUUCAAGCAAGAGCAGAGCAGGAGGAAGAAUUUAUCAGCAACACCUUGUUCAAGAAGAUCCAGGCCCUCCAGAAGGAGAAGGAGACCUUGGCCGUCAACUACGAAAAGGAGGAGGAAUUUCUUACCAACGAACUGUCAAGGAAACUCAUGAAUCUCCAGCAUGAGAAGGCAGAGUUGGAGCAGCACUUGGAGCAGGAGCAGGAGUUCCAGGUUAACAAGCUCAUGAAAAAGAUCAAAAAGAUGGAGAAUGAAACCAUCUCAAAGCAGCUAACCCUGGAACAGCUGAGGCGGGAGAUGAUCGACCUUGAGAACACAUUAGAGCAGGAACAAGAAGCCCUGGUAAACAGACUGUGGAAACGCAUGGACAAGCUGGAGGCUGAGAAAAGAAUCCUUCAGGAGAAGUUGGACCAGCCGGUUUCUGCUCCUCCCUCCCCAAGAGACGUUUCCAUGGAAAUAGACUCACCAGAGAACAUGAUGCGGCAUAUCCGUUUCCUGAAGAAUGAGGUGGAGAGGCUUAAGAAAAGCCUGCGCACCACCGAGCUGCAGCACACAGAGAAGCGUGCCCAGUACAUCGAGGAGGAGCGACACAUGAGGGAGGAGAACAUCCGGCUGCAGAGAAAGCUUCAGAGAGAAAUGGAGCGCCGGGAGGCUCUGUGCAGACAACUGUCGGAGAGUGAAUCCAGUCUGGAGAUGGACGAUGAGAGGUACUUCAAUGAGAUGUCUGCACAGGGCUUGCGAGCGAGGACCGUGUCCAGCCCCAUCCCCUACACCCCCUCCCCCAGCUCCAGCAGACCCAUAUCUCCUGGUCUGUCAUAUGGCAGCCACACUGUGGGCUUCACUCCUCCUGCCACACUGUCCCGAGCCGCCAUCUCCCACUACAACACCCCCGCCCUGCUCGUCCACGGGAGCUCCUCUCACGCCGUAGCGAGGCCCUCUCCAAGAAGAAGCAACAGCCCCGACAAAUUCAAACGUCCAACGCCCCCCCCCUCCCCCAAUACGCACUCGGGGGCCCAGCAGGCUCAGCCCCAGCUCCCGCCCCCGGCUCAGCCCAUGGUCCAGUCCAUGUCCUCCCCGGCAGCUAUGUCGCAGCACGCAGCACAGCAGCCUCCCUCCCAGCCUUAAUGCAACACACGGUUUCUUUCCACUGAAUGCCACGACGCUACCGCAAAAGCAGCUUCUAUCAUUACCAGCUCUGGAAGUCAAGUUUCUUACUCUCUACCAACUCCAUAAAAGAAGCCGCUUCAAAAGUUUUAGAGGGGAAACACGAUGGCGGCUCACGCUCGGUGAAGCUAGCCACCUGCCAAAUCCACACGUGGCGUCACUUAACUACUCUUAAAAAGGAAUGGAUGGACUGAAAAAUAAUCGCUUCUGGGAUUUGUAGGCCAAUUAUUUGUUCCACCUUAUGUCUUGUACAUGAUGUGUGUUUUUUUCAUUUGCUUGGGACUUUAGCUGGUUGGAAUUGAUGUUGUGGCGCUUCUAAGAUAGCACAAACAGCACAUAAAGUACGUUUCAUGGUUGUGUUUACCGAUAUGUUGGAUGUUUGGAUCAAUGGAUGUAUGGAAAGAGAAAUGGACAAACUGAUAGAUGGAUGUAGUCGAUUCUUUUCAUGCCUAUAAUAUGACACUUGAUUGCAGUUAUGUACUCCACUCCAGCUCACCCCAGCCCCUCUGUCUCUGCAGCAGUGUCCUCACCCCGGCCCCGAGCUGAACGGCUUUAAUUUGGUUUAACGGUGACAUAGAGGAAUGCUUGGAGUUUCUCCGUUAUUGGGCAUUGAUCAAACCAAUGUUGUUUUAGUUUCUGAAAGCAUUCAAAACUGCUGCUCUUCAGUUAAAAAAACAAAAAAAAAACAGCAAAAUGGACACUGGUACAUCAACCACAGAUAAAUGUCGCCUUCAAAGGUGUUUAAAAAUGUAGUCUGAGGUGUUACAACAUAGUCAUGUACUCGGUCUCUCUCUCUUUUUCUCUCUCUGGUGUGUUUCUGAAAGCUUCUAUCAUCCUUUUGGAUAUUCCUCAUUAGAAAAAGGAAAAAAAACAUAAUGCUCUUUACACUAAAUAUACUGCUACAACAUUCUAAAUGAAUGGUACUGUUGAACAACAUUUCUAUGUAUGAUUAAAGCUCUUGAGAUGAUGA